AAAAUAACCCAUUUCAGCGGAGGACGUUUGUGAAAUUUGGUUGAUUUGACGGAAUAACCCUUCUGCAUUUGAAACCCUUCGUAUGAAGUUCUCCCAUUAUUGCAGCACAAAACACAGAUUACACCCCUCCUGCCCUGCUGACCACGUUACCCCAGCUGGGGUUAAAGGUCAAGUACAGGUGCUGGUUGCACCAGCUGUGCAUAAAUGGGCACUAAGUCACAAUUUACGCACUACUAAAUAUUUGAGUGUUGGACCAUUAAAGUUGUGUAUGACGUAACCCGCCGUAUAAACUGAAUAUUUACAUGAAUGGAUGGCAAGAGAUGGCAGCCAGAUGACAGUACAUGAGAUUAUCAUUGAUAAUGAAGAUAAUGAACUGCAAAAUCGGCGACGAGUUUUACGAGACCGACAACAUCCUUUGGAUAUUUUGUCGGUUUGUGACAGUGAAGUUGAGUUUGCUUUCAAGGACGGUUUUGUCACUUUAUAUCCCUCAAUUAAAAUGAUCAUUUCUGCGUGACUGAAAUUGUUCUUUUGUCCUCCGUGUGUUGCUAUGAAAGACAUUUUAAAUUAAAUGUGUAAUGUGUCACUUUUUAGAUUGACAGUUCACGCAAGGCAGCAGCUUGUAAUGAUGCGCGCGGUUCCUGUUUACACAUUUGAAGGCUGCUGAUUGGAUCACAAAACAAAUACGUCAUUCUGUGCGACUAUACAUCACUUUACGGAGAGUUUACGACCUAUUAGUCAAGUUCUGCCUUAAUUAAGCUCUGACUUUGUUACAAACGAUCUAGUAGUUACUAACAUUAGUGUGAGCUUUACGUCCAUCCUUACGUGAGCAUGCACAGAUGGUGACCCGACCGAGAGCAGACGCCUGUGGUGGACUGAUGUUCUGAUGAUGCUGAACACACACACACACACACACACACACACACACACUCACACACACACACUCAUCUCUGCUGAAGUCUUGUCACGAUCGUGAGGAAUCUUUAGUGUAUUUGAUCAAGAGUUUAACUCGCUGUAUGAUUGUGUCAUAUUUAAUGAUCAUAUAAAGUUCUUCUGAAUCUUGAAUGAAUCUGUUCAUAUCUUUCAUCACUCUUUAAUGUAGCAAUACAAAUGCAGUGUUUCUAAGAGCAUGAUUAGUUUAAUGGAUUUAUUGUUUGUUAUUCAGUCGUAUGACAGUGGAAUCGGUCAAGGAGCCGGACUGGAGUCUCACGGUGGUUCCACGUUUUGUGCUGUUGCGUCUCUGUGCAUGAUGGGAAAGCUGCAGGAUGUUUUGAGCGAGCGCGAGCUGAAGCGUAUCCGCCGCUGGUGUAUCCUCCGACAACAGAGCGGCUUCCAAGGCCGGCCAAACAAACCCGUCGACACGUGUUAUUCAUUUUGGGUCGGUGCCACACUGGAGCUGUUAGACGUGUUCCAGUACUCAAACUUUGACAAGAACCGGAAUUACAUUCUGUCCACGCAGGACCGUUUGGUGGGCGGUUUCGCCAAGUGGCCCGACAGUCACCCGGACCCUCUUCACACGUACUUCGGCAUCUGCGGCUUGUCUCUGAUUGGAGAACCCGACCUGCGUAAGGUGCAUCCCGCCCUGAACAUCAGCGACCGCGCCUUUGACUUCCUGCAGCGGCUGCACACGGUGUGGAGAGACGACAGCACAUGACGAUCCGUCUGACCUCUGAUAGCCCAACAUGAGCUUCAGUUUCAGAUGUGGAGCUGAUGAAUAAAUGAUCGGUUCGGCAUCAUCAAUUAUUCAUUUAUCAGACACAAGAUCGUUUCAUCUCCAGCAUGUUUUGACCACCGUCAGUGUUUCUCCUGCAGGGUUUUUCAGUUGUCUUGUUUCUGCCUUAUAAACAGGAAGUCUGUUCCUGAUCAAUAUCCACUAACUGUAUAUCUUCUGUUUUACGCUUUAUAUAUGAUCUUGAAUGUGCCUCUGAUAACUUUUGGACAUUUGUUCUGUUUUAUUUUUUACGUCAGUGUCCUGCAGGUUUUCAUCUCUUACGACGACGCUGGAAUGUUUGUUCAAAGAUCAAAUGAUGAAAUUAUUUUUUCUAUAUCAAGUGUAGAGAUGAGAAGGACGCCGCUCACAUUUUAUUUUAUAAGUGCUAGCGCUGUAAAUUGCGGACGCGAGUGUCAUUAUAUUAAAUGCUUUUAUCAUGUCCAUGAAAUACACAUUUAUGACGGUGCUGCUGAGACGGCACAUAUUUAAUAACAAUGAAAUAAAGGAAGAUUUUGAA